GUAAAAGCGCCCCUCUUGCCCUCAAGUUACCGCGUCUAUUCCGCGAAUUUUUGAUAUGCUCUACAUUUGCAAUCUGCAAUUGCAUUUUACACAUAGGUAGUGUUUUUUGUAACACGUUGAGAACUGUUCUAGCGCGUAAAGUUGUUUGUAUGUAAUUGUAUAUAAGUACGUUUGUGUAUAUAUACAAAGUGGAUAGAAAAUAUGAAGCUUCUCACACAUAACAUGUUAACGUCCAGAGCUAUGAAGGGAGUAACGGUCGGCUACCCUCUAAGAAUUGUCGCUAAGGACAUUAGAGUAUCUGAAGUAGAAUUUAAUCCAGAAUAUAUCGCAAGAAUAAUUCCGAAACUAGAUUGGACAGUGUUGUGGAAAGCAGCAGAAAGCAUAGGGCAUGUUGGUGAAUUACCUCAGAAUUUAAUAGAAGAUUUUGAAACAAAUGAAGAGUUUUUGAAGAAAGCCCAUCAUGUAUUACUAGAAGUUGAAGUUAUAAAUGGAGAAUUGAUGUGUCCAGAAUCUGGUAGAAAAUUUCCCAUAAAUGAUGGCAUUCCAAACAUGCUUCUAUAUGAAGAUGAAGUUUAAAUAGCGAAAAUAAUUAUUGUAAAGCAAUUGUUCCUUUAAUUGUAACUGUUAAACAGUCAUUUUGUAUAUCUGUUUAAGAUACUCUUGUUUUCUAGCUUUAACUUUUUAUCGAUGUAUAAAAGUAUUGAUGAUGAAAACCAAAGUUAUAUAAUAAUAUGUAACAAUUAAGUGCGUAUACGGGAUGUCCCAAAAUUUGCAACAAAAUAUUUUAAUAAUAGAUUCUUCGAAAUAUUCUAAGACAUUUUCGAUAUGAAAAUAGUGAGACUACUAAAUUUUUAAAUAUAAGCGCUAAAACUAAAAAUUGCUUAAAAACUACGUCACACAUAGCCUCAUUAUCUUUGUUUAAAAUCCUAAAGACUUUCAGUCAGUAAUAUUUUAGAAGAGAGAAGUUCUCUUUCUGUUGCCAAUCACUUUUGACUAGAAAAAAACGACACAUAGAAGAAAAACUUUCUUUUCUUUUAGAACGAUUCAAUAUCAGUCGAUGUAUACAUUCUUAGUUGCAAAAGAAGUGAAUGUAGUAUUUUAUCUCUUCACCAAUCAAAAUUUAUAACAUUGUUUUGUAAUCAUGAAUUAAUAUCAAUCUUUCUUACUAAGCUAUAUAGCAUCUUUUUUAUUUCAUGGACAUCGAAUAACAAGUCAUACAUUUUAAAAGAAUAAAGCUAACUAGAUGUUAUGUAGAGACUUUAAAAAAAAGUCUACCAAUAAAUUUACAUUUAAAACUAUCUAAAAAAUUGUUAGAAUUAUUGUAUAUAUAUAAAAUAAACUUCUACCUCUUUUUUUUAUCGGAAAACUUAUAAUAAUAAACUUAAUAAACGUGUUCAGAUUAAUCCAAUCUAUCUUUACACUUCAGUUGGUCAAAAGUUUUCAAACACCGUGUAUGCGUGCAUGCGCGCGCGUGUGUGUUUAUGAUACUUUACGUACGUUGGAAACUACAUAGUUUCCAACAUUUCAAAGAGGAAAAAAAGGAAAAGUGGCUUUCGAGAUUCUUCUAAAUAAGGAAAUUCGAUCUGAUUUAUUGGCCUAUAUUUAUGUGUUAUCAAUAGUGAAUAGCUUAUUAUUAUGUAAACAAGACUUAGAUUAUCGUACAGAUGUACAGUAUAUGAUUACAGAUAUUUUAUUGCAGAUAUGUCUAAAAACAAUGAAAUACGAUUUCUUGUAUCGUUUUGCAAUAAUUUACAACAUAUCACAUUUUUUAUUUACAUUUCAAUAUGUAUAUGUUUGCUACUUAAAUAAUCUCCGCUCGAAUAUUAUCUGCUCUGUUAACUAAGAGCAAGUUUCUAGGAAUGUAACAUUUUGAUACAAAUUGUUUUCUCAUAGCUUAGAGAGAAAAUUGCAUAGCAAACUAUUGUAGCAAAUAUUAUAAUAAAGUACAUUAAAAAUUAUAAAGUAGUUUUAGAGAGUUUAACUGUCUUAGCACAUGUUCUCUUUGGACGUUGGAUAAUACUAGUCGGUAGUAUGGAAAAAUACAUUUAUUGACAAAAUAUUUAUGCACAUAUAUAAUACAGUUAUUUUGGAAUUAAUGUGAUCUAACUUUUAUUUAUUAAGUUGCCAUAAACGACAUCGUUACACACAAUUAUUUGUGUAUAAGAAAAACAAUAAUUUAUUAAUAGAAGAGAGAACACAUACCUCUUUGUGAGAUAACAAUUUUUAAGAACACAUGCAGCACAAAUAUGACAUCUAUUGCACAAAACUUCUUAUAUUUGACUUUGAAUAUAAUAUUGUUUACAUAAAUUGCAGGAAAUAUAAACUAAUUUUUUUCUGCAUUUAAACUUACAUUUUUUUGAUUAAAAUAGAUUUAUUAAUUAAACUAGCUACACUGAAAGAGUAGUUAUUUCAUCGUUAGAGAAGAAUAUUUUCACAAGAUGCAUGAAUCUAACACAACUGGUUUUUCAUAGAGAGAAUGUGAAAAAUCUGUGUAAUCUACUUGUACAUACUUCUUUUCUGUACUAAUAACACAAUGCUCAAAAUAUAGUCAAAAUAUAUUACUUUAUUGUUUCUAAUUUAUUUCCAAGAGUCAAAAAGCUAUAAAAAUAGCAUUCACCUAACAUUUCAGCCACAGCCUGUCUGUUAUUACUAUUUUUAUAUCUUACACAUAUAUUCGCGUAAAAGGCUGGAUUAUUCUUGCGAAUCAAGCUAUAUGAAAAUAUUUCUGUACAUUAGAAUUUUACUAUUAGCAUAAAUAUUAAUUUUCACAUAGUUUACUGUUUGUAUGAUGUGUUAGAAACUUCAUGUCGGUUAUGGCCUAUUCUGCAUACUAAUUGAUAGAUUUUGCUGCGUUAGAGAUAUGACUGUUAUUUCCUAUAUUCACCUUUUUUUACAUACUUUGUUUUAUAUAAUAUAUGCGUGAGUUUAUAAAACAUAUCUAUAAAUAUAUGUUUAUCUAAUGGAAUUUGUCAUGUUACGUACAUAUAUUCAAUAAAAUAUAUUUUAAUUUAA